UUUGAAUCAUUCGAUGUGUGUCGCCUUUUUCUUCUCCUCUUCCGAAUUCCCCUUCCGAUUUGUUAAAACUUCCCAAAACCAUCGAACCCUAGCCGCGCGCCGUCGAUGGGGUGCGCGCAGGGGAAGUGCUGCGUGCCGCGGCGGCAGAGGGGACGACGCGGCGGCGGAAGCGGCGGCGGCGGGGGUGGGGGAGCGGGCGGCCGCGGCGCCGCGACGCUUGGCCGGGCGGCGGUUCCGGGGGCCGGGCUGGUGCUGGAGUACGCCACGCUGACGGUGGCCGGGCUGUACCCGGACUCCCCAGGGAGGGAGUCGCAGGACGCGUACCUGGUGGCCACGAGGUUCGCCGGGGACCCCGAUCUCCACCUGUUCGCGGUGUUCGACGGCCACGGCGCGUGCGGCGCCGCGUGCGCCGGGUUCGCGAGGGACGCGCUGCCGCGGCUGCUGGCCGCGGAGGAGGGCGGUGGUGGGGGUGGGAGGCUGGUAGUGGAGGACCCCGCGGCGGCGUUCCGGGUGGCGAUGCCCGCGGCCAACGCGGAGAUGCACGCGGCGGCCGCGGUGGACGACUCGAUGAGCGGGACCACAGCGGUGGCGGCGCUGGUGGCCCGGGGAGCGCUCCACGUCGCCAACGUCGGGGACUCGCGCGCCGUCGCCGGGGUGUGGCGGGACGGGCGCGUGGUGGCGGAGGAGCUGUCGUUGGACCAGACGCCGUUCCGCCCCGACGAGCGCGCCCGCGUGAAGGCGUGCGGCGCGCGGGUGAUGUCGGUGGAGCAGGUGGAGGGCGUGCGCGACCCGGACGCGGAGGGCUGGGUCGCCGACGAGGGGGACCCGCCCCGCGUGUGGGCGCGCGACGGGCUCUACCCCGGCACGGCCUUCACGCGCAGUCUCGGCGACCAAGCCGCCGAGGCUGUCGGUGUCAUUGCCGAACCUGAGGUGAAAACUGUAGAAAUUACUCCAGCCCACUUAUUCUUCGUCGUUGCGAGCGAUGGCGUGUUUGAGUUUCUCUCCAGCCAGGAUGUCGUGGACAUGGUGGCUGCAUAUGAAGAUCCUCGGGAAGCUUGCUCAGCAAUUGCUGCAGAAUCGUACAAACUUUGGCUGGAGCAUGAAAACAGGACGGACGACAUUACAAUAAUCAUUGUGCACAUCCGGGAUUCUGAAAAUCCAGGUCCUGCAGGGAGCCAGAAAAUGAACUGCAGCAGCUCGGGAGCACCAAUAGCUCUGCACAGGGUGCGGUCAGAUCUACCUAUAUAUGUACCAUCAGAAGCUAGCCAUCUGAACAGAGAUGCUGCUACUGAACUGCCAUCAUCCUCUUCUGGCUCUCCAACAGAACAACACCUCUCCUGCACCGCUCCUUCUCCGACACACCCUUUGCUUGGGAUCGGAAAAACAUCAGAAACCCCCGAGGUGAAAGAAAGCGGGAGAGCUGUAUCACAACCAGCAGAAGCAUGGCAUCAAAGGGAAGGCGGCGUCAACAUGGAUCAGUCAGUACAGCGCGGCAUCCCAGCAGUCUCCUGCUAAAAACUGACGAGAGCAAUUCGUAUACAAAGGCAGUGAGGGAAGCUAUUGCUGGCUUUGCAGUGUCCGUCAUGCACCGGCGGCAGAUCCUCACGGUGCUGUUGCUCGUGUUUUUCUUAGAGCACCUGCUGACUGACGAUGCGAAUGUUUCUGACGGACCCAAACUGGGUCGCGUUUAACUUGGGGAUUGGUUUGACUUCAUCAUGUGACGACCACUGCGUCGCCGUGCCUGUAUUUACUAACAGCUUAAAAGAUGUCUUAAAAGUUGACGCUUGCCGUAAUAUAUGAUUGAGGAGCAGUGGCGAUCUGGAGAUGCGACGCGUGAAUCUUCAUCUUCCUUUGAGAAGAACCAACGAAUAUUUGACGUUUAUUUUAAACACACACCGUAUCUGAAAGAAACGAACUGUAGCCUUUUAUAUAUCGCAUUCUUGAUACUUAAUCCACUCUCGUAAGAGUAUCUCUAGCAGCUCAUCUAAAAUUUAGUUAUCUAUACAUCUUUAUUUGGAUGAUCAUCUAAAAUAGUUUUACUUUUAUAUGUCUUUGUACU